UUCAAGGACCUUGGGGAUGCACAGCCAGCUGAUCCAAGCCGGCGUCCAGCGUCUAGAACGAAAUGAACCGCGAAAGACGAAAUGCUGGAAAGAAAGCAUUUUUCUGCAGAGCACAAUCAACUCCUGGUGCUGAAGCUGGUGGAACACAUCGACGAUUCUUGCAGCGAGCAAGAACGAUGGGAAAACAUUGCCGAAGAAAUUAUGUUUGAAACGGGCGAAAACUAUCCCUGGAGAACAGUACGAAUGCAUUAUAAACAACGAAUUGUAAGCCAUCUGAAAGAAUACACCGAUGAUCAGCGAAUGAUCGAUCGGCUCCAGUACCCGUUUCUCGAGCGAGUGUACAAAUUGCGCGUGCAGUAUCAGGUCUCCGCGCUGGUCCUCCAGGAUCCCGCCAUUAUAGCCCGCAACAAGCUAAUCAUCAAGUACGAAAUCGAUCCACGAUACGACGCGGAUGUGGUGAAACUGUUCAAGCGCUACCACACGUCCAGCAUGCAGAUAUGCAUAAACGUGCAAGAUCCCGCGUAUGAGCUGUCGGAACGAUGGCAAAAGUUUCUGCUCAAGCCGACCAAGUCAAGACAUCGGCUAAAGAUGGCAAUGUGCGGUGAUUUAUGGUUUUCUAAGUUUCCUGCUUAUAUGAAUCGGACAGUACGAAAAGCACCCGUAGCUAUCACACAACAAUCGUCGCAGGAAUCUUGCUCAUCGUCGAUGAUACUGCUGGACAAUGUACCGGUACGGAUAGAGGAAUGUACUUCACCAGCUCCUCCUGCACCGUUUUCACCACGCCAACUGUUGAGCUUUGAAUCGUUGGACUGUGAUACACUGGUGCUGCAGAUGUUGGAUAUACAUGGAAAUAAGAAUGAUUCUCCCGAAUCGGUUCAGGAAAAUGGUAACGUGGAUAAACUUAUCCCGAUUGAUGCGGAUAUCCCUCCCCGAUCGACGCAUCCUAGCGAUGGCAACGUAUCCACGUCUGAAGAACCACAGGAGAGUUUCUAUCCUAUGCCAGAUUGUGUCUUCGAUUCAACGGACAGUGAAGACGAAGAUGAAGAUAUGCAGAAUAAAUCCUACCAACCAGUUGUCCAUGGCAACGUGGAUAAAUCUGCCCCAAUUGAUGCGAAUGUCCCUCUGCCAUCGACACAUCCUAGCGAUGGCGAUGUAUCCUCGUCUGAAGAACUACAGGAGAGUUUCUGUCCUAUGCCAGAUUGUGUGUUCGAUUCAACGGAUAGUGAACAAGAAGAUGAAGAUAUGCGAAAUGAAUCUCACGAACCAGUUGUCAAUGGCAACGUGGAUAAAUCUGUCCCGAUUGAUUCCAAUGUCCCUCCGCCAUCGACACAUCAUAGCGAUGGCAAUGUAUCAUCGUCUGAAGAACUGCAGGAGAGUUUCGUUCGGAUGCCAGAUUGUGUGUUCGAUUCGACGGACAGUGAAGAAGAAGAUGACGAUAUGCGGACUGAAUCUCACGAACCAGUUCUCAAUGGCAACGUGGAUGAACCUGUCCCGAAUGGUGCGAAUGUCCCUCCGCCAUCGACACAUCCUAGCGUUGGCAAUGUAUCCCCGUCUAAAGAACAACCGGAUAAUCCGCAUCGCAUAUCAGAUUGUGUGUUGGAUUCAACAGAUGUUGAAUCCGCGGAGGAAGAGCAACAGGAAGAAACUCUUCCAAAACCGCGAUCCAGCACGGCAUCAAGCAUUGAAAGUGAUACAAACUCAGUUAGAACGGUAAUAUUUAACGGAACGGCGACUUCUCCUAACACGGAACACCACAGUUCGGGCGAUGAUGUUAGGCAAACUGAACCGGCGCUACUGGCCGCUCCACCACCGAACCGCAUUGAUAUAAGCACCCUCUUCCAGUAUGAGGCGGCACUGGGACCACAUCUGAAGAGGAAGAAAAACGUGUACGACUCGAUACGCAACUGGAUGCCGCUGCUAUUUAUUAAACCUACCGAUUUGUAUGUGCCAGCGGUGUCGUUGUUCGCGAAACUCGCUCUACUGCAGCGAAUAGCGACAGACAUGAACCUUAUUCUAAACCCAACCGUCCGUGUUGAGGAUCUUAUGCCGAUCAUUUUGCGUAUUUUGUGCGGUGCGCGUGAAUCGCAAUAGAGAUUA